AUGAAGGCGUUGGGGCGGUGGCUAAUGCUGGUGGGUUCUCUCCGCCUUGCCGCCGUCUGGUUUGGCUUCUUCGACAUCUGGGCGCUGCGUCUCGCCGUCUUCUCCAACGCCAAUAGUGAGCUCUCUCUCUCGCCGUCUUCUCCAACGCAAAUAGGAUAUCCUUGAUGUAAUUGAUGGAAGAGUCUUUCCGGCCACUUGGGGGAUUCUUACUCCCUGUUGAUUUGAAUCGUCUGGACAUCUUCCUGCCUGCGUUUUAGCGAAUGAAGAAGUAGAAGUGGGGAACCGGUUUGCUCCAACUGGCCGAUGAUCUGAAAUCCCUCAGGUAUAUCCAUUUAAAGAAGAUGUCAGAAGAAGAUGCCGAUCUCGGCAGUUGGUAGUUGUUAGGGCAUCCGUGCAGUUCUAUUUCAUGUUACCAGUUUUCAGAUGAGAACAAGCGGCGAGCAGAGACUUCACUGAAUCGAUCUAGCAUGGUAAUGAAUCUGGCGAUGGCACGCCACGAUAGCAGAUUUCAGACGAGAUCUUGCCUCAUCGAGCAGAAAUCAUCUAUUUCUCACAUCUUGGAUCUGACAAGGGUGGUAACCACCUAUUUUAAACAUCAAGCCGAUGAAUCAAUGAUAAAAUUGUGACGAUACAUUUCCGCCGGUCGGACAUGAUUUCUCUGCUAAAUUUGAAGUGAUUGUUCUUAGAAUCUCUCGUUCUUCUCAUUAUAAGUCCACCGGGAAACCUGUUUCUCCCUUUUUGCAGUGACGGAUGUUCACGGCAGGACAUUUGGAGUGUGGACGCUCCUAACAUGCACACUGUGUUUUCUUUGUGCAUUCAACCUUGAGAACAAGCCCCUCUACAUUGCGACCCUCCUCUCCUUCAUCUACGCCUUGGGACAUUUUCUGACCGAGUAUCUGAUCUACCACACGAUGGCCGUCGCCAAUCUGACCACCGUCGGGUUCUUUGCAGGUACUCGGCAAGAACAUUCCUGCCAUAGCUUGAAUUGUUUCAUGAUUAAUUUCCAUGCCGUUCUUUCCCUCGAUCGAUAUAAAUCCGUUUGAAUGCCUGUAUAUAUGAAUUACUACAAGAAAAAAAUAAGAAUUACUAUAGUAUUGAUUCUGCAUCGGUUCGAUGUUCAAACAGUUAUAUAAUAAGAAAAAAAUUCAGAGAGCAUAUGGCCACGCGUAUUAAUUACUAUAAGAAUUAAUUUCUUUCUCAUGAACUGGUUACUCUUUUUGACUUGUAUGUUCCGAUAAUCCUCUCAGAAUAUAUAUAUAUAUAUAUAUUCCAUGGUCUCGACACCUCUUUCUGGGGGAUCACACCAUUCCUUCCUUCAGUCUUGAGAAUAGUCCCGUAAUGAUUAUUACAAACUGUAAUUAUAAAAAUGGGCUUGCUGAUUAUUCCCAACAAAUCUUGAGCUGGAUGGUCUAAUAAUUCAUUAAAAAAUAUCAGAGAAUUUAAGGCACGCCUUCUUUUUCCAUGGUCUGUACAUGUUAUAUGAUCUUCAGACAUACCCUUGGAGGAAUCGAAAUAGAUAUCAUAUGGUUGAGGAGCUUAAUGUCACAAAGUCAAAACCUUCCAUGUUUCAUAUUUGGACGUCGAGUUAAAUAGUGGGUAAUAGUUGCAAUAGACUUUGCUGCAAAAGUCAACAGGGUUUUUGCUCGGAUGUGCAGAAACCCCUCUGUUGAGGUUCAUCUCAUUGCCCAUCACAAUUUGAUGGCGAGGUCCACUUGGUAGUGCGCCCUGUGGGGAUCAUUAAUCUCUUGACAGAUAGUGUCCCCAGAUGAUCAAUAAAAGUCAACCUCCAUUGAAUGCUUUGUUUGAUGCUAGUCAAGGACAGGGUCUCUGUCACCGGACGGUAUAGAUUGACCUUCUGGGUUGAAGGUUUUGUUCAUUUUAUUGACGUAACCUCUUCUGAUUCUGUUCAGGAACAUCAAUCAUAUGGAUGCUGCUCCAGUGGGAAGCUCACAUGUCUCCGCCCACAGCCUCCAAGAAAGAUUGA